AUGGAUAUAGAAAAAAAUGGCAUAGGGAGAAAGUCUUUCAUCUUUGAUCUCCAUUCCAAAUAUGCAGCGAGACCAUGGAGUGAUACUUUUCAACUGGUGCGCAGAUGCAUGGAGAAAACAAGAACAGAUGCAAAACCCUGCGAGCCAAUCGUUCGAUGUCUGCAAAAACUCCAGGAAACACUGAAGGUGUCCUCGCUCAGUGCCAUGGUAUCCAGACUGGAGAUGAUUGCCCAACACAGAGGACUGAGGUCACAUCUGAGUCCCACGGAGAGCAUUUGCUAUCUGACAACAGAUCUUUUCUAUGUGGAGGUGCAGCUGCUGUCUGAUGGAAGAGUGGAUGACGUCAAGGUGGCACAACAUGGGGAAGCACCAGUGUCUAAUGCAUCUCUCAUUCAGCUGCUAAGAAUGAAGAAAUUUGAAGAUUUCUCACUCAAGCUGGAGGAUCUGGUAUCCCUCUACAGUGUACCUGGAGACAAUGAUACCAAGAUGAAGGUGUACACUGCCUUUCAGUUCCUAAAGAAAGACCUGCUCAAGUUGUCUCAUCUACCGAGGUCUUUGAAGGACAGUGAUCUCCGUGUUGACGUGAUUCUUAAUGGCAGAAUUGGAAAUGUCACACCAUGCAGACAAGGAAACCCAAUGCAAAUCCAGUACUAUAUCAGUCCCUCUGAUAUUCUGAGAGAGACGUCAAAUCCAGGUCUGAGCAACCAUGACCUAGUUGCCUUGGUAACUGUGGGUCCUAGUGAUGCCAUGCACGUGUUACAGAUGGAGUCCCUGAUCCCGUCGCCUCCUCAGAUGGACUCUCGGGGGUUACCUGUUUUUAGACCACUCUCAGAGGCUGGAUGUGAGGCAUUGCCUGCUUGCUUCCUGCUGAAACUGCAACCUCCUGUGCCCAUGCUCUGCUCCUUGAUCAAUAAGAUAAGCCAUGUUAUAGAUGAUGUCAUACCCCAGGCUGACCUGCAGUGGGUGCCCCUUCCCCAUCUGCUCACCAGCACCAUCUUGGAAGGGGGAGUGUGCAAGGACUUGGCGGAGGAAGAAGAUGCCCAAUGUCUUGUGUCUCUUCCCGACUCUGAGGUCCACAGUUACUUGCUGUCUGCAGCUGAGUGGAGAUAUGAUCUCUGGAGAGGAAUGUUUAUUCACACAGUCCGUUUUUCUCAUCCUGCUCAUGUUCCUGCCAUACUGGAGAUUCUCCGUCAUCAAUCCGCCAUUAAUGUCCUCUUGGCUAGCUGCAUCACCAGCCAAAGGCCCCGCCCAGAAUCGCGGUGUGACCUCAGCUGUGAGGUCGCCCCAGAGUCUGAAUCGAGCUUCUCUGUAACCUUCCACAUCCGAGAGUGUGACUCAUUGGCAGUUUUGCUGGUUACUGUUGUGGAUGGUCGUCAGGUCAUCUGCAGGUUACUCAUGCCCCAGUUUAUGGACCAUGACUUGGAUGAGUACAUUUCACGAGUUCUCACAAGAUGUAUGUCCAUACCCAUAACUAUGCGAGCCAUACGGAGGAGACUAUCCAGUAAGAUGAUUGCUACUGAAAGACCAGCCAAAGAGAGCACAGUCGCCAAAAUCGAAAGUGACCCCAUCACAUAUCCUCUACAUGCCAAAGUGUCUGAUGCCGUGUGCAUUCCAGAUACUAAUUCCAGUGUCCCGUUCUCGCACAAUGCGGUGGUUACCAAGGAUUUGCCUUCUCCUCAAACCUACUAUGUAAUGUCGGUAGCUUCGGCCCAGGCUGUGGAUGUCAAUACAGAUGCUGUUCCUAGGCCUUCUCCCUGUCCCUCUGUGGGUGUAUUUUCACACUUGGCUGUCAAUGGCCUCUCACCUGAGCCUGUAUAG